AUGGUCUCCCUUUGCAGUUGCGUGGCGACUGAGCCUGCCUACUCCCUGAGAACCGGCGCCUACGCCGCCCUCGCAGCUCUUGUCGCCGCCUGCCAGACGGAGCUGCCCCGCGAUGCCUUUCGUCAAGUCAGGAAAGCAUCCUUUGUCUCGCCAUCUUCUAAAGGAGACCGCCCCGUCUUCCCCUGCCCCCUCAAAGAACAUGAGGUCGUCGCCGCUCUCAAGGCCCUCGAGGGCUGUGUUGCGUCGACCAUUGCCGACCUUCGCUUCGGCUCAAGUUCCCGCGCCAUCACUGUUGACAUGAGAAAGGUAGCCGGCUUCCUCAUGUCUUCAUACAUCACAACAGUAGACGGUUUCACAAAGGCCGACCCCAAAGUGUCGGAAAAGCUCAUAGAUACGGACUACAACCAGGCCCAGUCCAUCUUGUAUCGGCGACUCUCCGCUAACCUAUACCGUACCAAGAACCCACAAGAGUUCUACCACAUCCACGGAUCUCUGGAAGCUAGCCGUACUCUCAACAUGAUUGGGCUACCAGCCUUCAACCCCAGGCUCACUGACUAUCGCUCGUGCAUAGACACCAUAGAGCGCGCUGUACAAAAGUUCACCGUCGUCGAGCUAGAGGAAAUGAACCAGCGAGAGAGGCAGGCUGGCGUGCUGGCGCUUCAGCUCGACCGAUUCCUCCAGACACCGCACGGCCAGGCUAUGGCCGGUCUCCCGCCCUUUACCGUCCGGGCCCUUGAGACGUCUACCCCUCCGAUUCCUUUCACUCGCACGGCCCCGGAUCCUUCCUCACCUCGACAGUGCCUCCGCGGGAUUCGGGUGCUGGAGCUGUGUCGUGUGAUAGCGGGCCCUACCAUUGGCCGGUCUCUUGCGGCGCACGGUGCGGAUGUUCUCAAGGUGACAUCGCCGUCCCUCCCCGACGUCCCGUUCUUCCAGGUCGACGUGAACGCCGGAAAGCACACGACGGCACUUGACUUGCGCAACCCGCACGACCGCUCCAUCUUUGAAUCUCUGUUAGCGUCGGCAGACGUGCUUAUCGACGGCUACCGCCCUGGCUCGCUUGAAAAGCUCGGGUACGGCGCCGCGAACCUAGCCGCGCUCGCCCGGCAUCGUGGCAAGGGCUUCGUCUACGUUGCCGAGGAUUGCUUUGGAGGCACGGGCGUCGCGGGCCCAGAGGCCGAGUGGGCGCACCGCCCCGGCUGGCAGCAGAUUGCUGACUGCGUCACGGGCGUGGCAUGGGAGCAAGGCCCUAAACAGCACAACUCUGCAUUUUUCGACCUGCGGCACAGCGACUCCGUCGACGAGGUUGGCAAGCGCGCCCUCCAGAGCAUCAAAUCCCUCCACCCAGAGCUCUUCGACCCCGAUUUGACGCAGAGCGCCUGGAGCGAAGGCUAUGCCGCGGAGGUGAGGUGGCCCCGCGAAGCCCUGGAGAUUGAGGGCGUGGCUGUUGGCUACCUGAGGGCUACACGGCCGAAUGGGUUCGACGCACCAACCUGGGAUGGAUGGGAGGAGGAUCGGGAUAUCUUGGCCGCGGGUUAG